AUGUCUAGUCUGGGCGAAAUCUUAUUAAACGCUCAAUCGGCAGAUCCCAAUAUCAGAAAUGCAGCCUCAGACUUACUUCAAACCCAAAAACAAGCAAACUCUGCAAGCUACAUUCUGGAUCUUUCCAAUGUGCUAGCUUCUCAAACUGAGCAUAAAGUCUCUAGGCAGCUUGCAGGAAUCAACCUGAAAAAUGUGCUUGCAAAUACAAAUGAUGAAGAAUUCUUAAUUAAUGUCUGGGACAAGGUUGACGUAAAUACUAAAACAAUCAUCCGCAAUAAUACUUUAGGCACUUUGGCAAGUGAAGAUAGAGAUAUCAGAUUAAGUGCAUCUCAAGCUGUCGCUGCCAUUGCUAAGCGCGACUUAUCUAAAGGUGAAUGGACUGAUAUUGUUGGUAUUUUGAUAGCAAAUGCAUCAAACGUGAAUCUAAAUUUCAGACUCGCCAGCUUAAUGACGAUGGGGUACAUUUGUGAGGGGACCUCUCCAGAAACUCUUAGAUCAGACUUGUCAAAUGCUAUUCUUAGUUCAUAUGCUGCAAAUAUUUCCUCUGAAGAAAAUAACCAAGAAGUAAAAUUAACAGCCCUUAAAGCUCUUAAAAAUUCUUUACAAUUCGCCAAAGGAAUAAUGCAAAAUAAUAAUGAGAGAGAAUAUUUUUUAAAUUUAAUUUUCCAAGCUUGCGUUUUUCAGAAUCAACAAGUAAAAAGAGAAGGCUUUUCAAUUUUAUGCGAAAUUGUAAGAAUUUAUUAUGAUUUUAUUUCUCAUCAACUGCAAGCAAUUGGGAAUGUCACAUUUGAGGCUAUUGCAAAAGAAACCCAAGAAAUAGGAGUCAUGGCCUUAGAAGUAUGGUACUUAAUAGGAGAAACUGAAUUAGAAAGAUCUGAACAAAAUACUCCUGAUGCCCCAGUAAGAGGCUAUAUCAUGAUGGCUAGCGAUUCUAUUGUACCUUUACUGCUAAAUAAUAUAAGUAGGGGAACCUUUGAAGAAGAUGAAUGGGACCUCAGUAAAGCUUGCGCCUGAACUCUUGGCAUAAUAACUCAGUUGACAAAAGACAAGUGCAUAAAUUAUUCAAUCCAUUAUAUCACUUCAAAUCUUGCUAAUUCAGAGUUAAAGCUCCGUCUCAGCUCGAUUAUGAUUUUAAGCUCUAUUUUAGAAGGUCCUAGCCCAAACAAGCUGAUAUCAUUAAUAAACCCUUCACUCCAAAAAUUACUCACUCUAAUGAGUGAUGAAUCUCCGCUUGUGCGUGAAACCACAGCUUGGGCAAUUUCAAGAAUUUGUGAAUAUCAAUCUUUAUCAAUAACUCAGCCUUCGACGUUUAACACUUUAUUGCAAACUUUAUUAAACUCACUAAAAGACUGGCCCAAAAUUGCGACUCAUUGCUGCUGGGCACUGAUUAAACUUAUUGAGCAUACAGCUGAGCUGGGCUACUUUAAAGCGAAUAUUUUCGACCACGUUUUGCAAGAACUCUCAGUUGCUGCAACCAGAAAAGACACGUAUUCAGCUGAGCAUAACCUCGAAUUAGCUUCAUAUACAGCGAUAUCAACUUUAAUAGAAAAAUCCAGCAAAGACUGCAUCCCUCUUAUAGCUGCAAAAAUUCCUAUUUUUAUUAGUAUGCUUAAACAGUCUGCAGCCCAGCAAAAUAAUGAUUAUUUGCAAGGAGCGUUAGCGUCUUUACUGGGCUCUUGCUUUUUAAAAAUUUCUUCUGAAAAUAUGACUGAGGAGCUCAGCAAUUCAUUUAUUGAAGCUUUAAUACAAACUUUUACAGUUAGAAAUACAGUUUAUGGGGAAGGAUUGCAAGCUCUUGGAAAUUUCGCGGAUUUAUUACAACAAAGGUUCGCUGGGUAUUUGCAAAUGGUUGGGCCAUAUCUCGCAUGGAGCUUACAGAAAACCGAUGCUGAAGAAUUGUGCUUGGCAGGUACAAUUGUGAUUGGAGAUAUAGCUAGAGCGUUAGGAGACCAAAGCAAAAUCGUGAUUGGAGACUUAAUUUCACCAUUGAUAGGCAACUUACAAAAUAAUUUAGCAAGCUCAAAUGUCAAAAUCAGAAGCAUCGAAUCACUUGCAGACGUCGCUUCCAAUACAAAAGAAGCUUUUGUCCCUUAUGCUAGUCAAGCUCUAAGCAUCAUUGAAGCAGCUGCAAACCAAUGCAUAAAAAUCAUUAAAGAGCAAGAUGAUCCAGAUCUUUAUGAAUAUUUUGCAAGCCUAAGAGAAGCAAUUUUGAUUUUCUACGAGAGUUUUAUACAAGGAUUAUUAAGUGGAGGCCAAGGUGAAGUUUUAUUGCCAUAUGCUCCUCUUGUUGUUCAAUUUGCCCAAACAGUGACUCAAGAUAUAAUGAAACCAACGACAGUAAGUUUUACAUAGGAAUGCCAUAGAGCUGCUAUAGGGAUUUAUGGUGAUAUUGCUGAUGAAUUUAAAGAAAGGUCAAGAGAGUUCAUUAAAACUCAAAACAUUUUAAACUAUAUUCAGAAAUUUAAACAAUCCAAUAACCCAAGGAUUAGAGAUGUUGCCAUUUGGGCAUCUACAAAGAUUAAUUCAAUCUAA